GAGUUUAGGACGGCAGUGCUACUUGCUACGAGUGUGUGAGGGACAACCGCGGAUAUGACUCUCUCGGAAAGAUAAGUAACUCACUGAGUUUGAUGGAGAAAAGGAUAGUUGAUCCAUUUGACCGAAACACUCCCAGAGGCGUUGAAGUAAUCAUCGAAGGAAAGGCAAUGCUAUUCAUUGAAAGAUACGGACGAAAUCACCCAACAUGUGAUAAUCCCCUUCAUACACCAUCCCUCACCACAACAAUUCUGAGUCCUCCUUCAAACACACAUUAUACUACCCCGGAAUGCCGUCCUCGUCAUUCCAAUUUGCUCUAUCCUCAAAUGCUACUAAAGUGCAUCCAGACAACACUCCCAACCCGGUCAUUACGCCACUAUCGUCCUCAGUGGCGCUCCAAGAGGGAUAACGCUGAUAAGCAAACUCAUUAACAACUAUCGUUGUUCAUGCCUGCAUGCAACAUUAUCCAGCUGCGUCCCCGAGGUGGACUCAAUGCCGAAGUAUGGAUAUCAGG